AUGAUUAUUGGAGAUUUAAAGAAGAAACCUAAGCAGUGGUCUUCUCUUUUUGGGAUCAAACCUUUAGGGAAAUGUUCUUUACCUCCAGUUAGUAAUACUUCGGAUCUUAGUGCAAGAAGGUUUUCUAUUUCUAGUUCGGAUCCAAUCAUUGACCUUAAUAUUCUUCUUAUGGCUCUGUCUCUGGUGGGUAAAUUUAUGGGUCCUCGACCUAAUAUUGAGACUAUUAGGGAUUUGUCUAAAAAGAAAUGGAAGUUGAAUGGCCAGGUCAACAUUUAUGUAAUGUCGAAGGGCUUCUUUGUCUUUUCCUUCUCGUGCGAAAAAGAUAUCUCUACAGUCUUAGCAGGUGGACCUUGGGUGAUUGGUAAGUCAUCCUUGGCUCUUAUGAAAUGGUCCCUCAAUCUGGACCUUUCGGACUCUAUAUUUGAAGUUGUCCCAGUUUGGGUCAGACUCCUAGGUUUACCAUUGGAAUAUUGGAAUGAAGAUGUUUUAUGUGGGAUAGCAAGUUCCUUUGGGGAAAUUUUAUCUAUUGGUGCUAUGACAGCUACUCAUAAGAGGUUGGUUUUUGCCAGAAUUUGUGUUGGAGUGGUCUAG